AUGGUAUUUAAGGUGCGCAGUGAACGAAUCCAAAGCGCUGCGCCGAACUCCAGGUUUCAUGGACACCUGGAGUUCAACCUUGCCUGCAAAGCACGGGGCCUCAUCCCGCGCUCAUUGCACCUUAACAGGCCAGUACCUUCCAAGUUUGGCUACAGCGUCGUUGCAAAGACUGAGAGGCUGUUGCUUCAAGCAAGGAUACAGGACUGUCGUGACAGUAUUAGGAAGCUUGAAAACGAGGCAUCUUUUGCACGUCGCCGCCUGGAAGACCACUGUCCAGAUCAUUUUGCAAGUAUCCAGCUGCACGCCAACUUUGAAGCCAACAUGCGUGCCCGUCAUGCGGGGUUGGUGCACAGUGUCAAGCUUGACAGACUUUCGGAAUCUACCAGACCAUACCGGCCGUACAACCGACGAACUACGGUAUACAACCUUUCUUCGCACAGCGUCGACCCAGCCGAGGCCUCGGUCCUAGAGCUAGGUCUGAAUUUCAAUGUUGCACCUGCACCUGACGUGCGAAAGGUUGUGUGUGCGGUGGAGUGCGCGGUUAACCAAGUUGACCCGUCCCGCCGUGACGAGGCUCGCACCCGCGCCAUUGGUGUCCUUUCUGGUCUGCACCGGAGGACGUUUGUUUCCCCUCUUUCCGCUGAGGAACGAAAAGCUGUCAAGCGUCUUCAGGCGAACACUGCAAUCGUGAUCCUUCCCGCCGACAAGGGGAAUGCAACAGUGCUAAUUGACACGGCUGUCUACAAAAACAAGAUGUUGGCUCUGCUUAAUGACCAGGACACUUACGUCCGGCUCACUCGGGACCCGACCUUGAAGGUUCAGAGGGACUUCCAGACUCUCCUGGCUGACGUGUUCCGCUUCGUAGCUCCCGAGCGCAAGUCUUUGUAUUUCAAGCUUCUCUGUCAUAACGGUGCUGCACCUGCACUUUAUGGCCUGCCAAAGGUUCAUAAGCCUAACGUCUCCCUACGUCCAAUCAUCGACUACACUCGCUCCCCUCUCUACAAAUUGUCCGCAUACCUGCACCAGCUUCUGGCUCCACUCGUCGGGAAGAGCUGCACGCACGUGAGCAACUCCUGUGACUUUAUUGAAAAAGUUCGUGACGUGUCUCUAGACGACGACGAGGUGAUGGUUUCGUUCGACGUGGUAUCACUGUUUACCUCAAUUCCGACUGACUUGGCUGUGGAAGCAUGCACCUCUGCUCUGGAAUCUGACAGGACCUUGCCAGACAGGUCGCCCAUUGACGUUCCCGACCUGAAGAGGCUCCUCUGUUUUUGCCUUGGGAACACGUACUUCUGUUUCGACAAGGUCUUCUACAGCAUCUGCCGCGAGUGA